UGUCUUAAUUGGCUGCAGCUGGGCGGAACGUGGCUGGGAUUCGCGUGGGUUCUGGAGCAAGCGGGAUCCGAGGGCCCAGCGCACCCGGGAAGCCGAAGCCGCGAAGUCGGCGCUUUCCGCCGUCUACCGCUGCGCCGCGGGGGCUGGUGUUCCCUGGGCCUAAGAGAAAGGGGGCGCCGGAACGUGGCCGCAGCGCUUAUCACUAAUAUUUGAAACAUCUGUAUCCAUGAAGAAUGACUGCAUACAAACCACAAUGUGUCAAGAAAGGAAAAAAGACCCAGUGGAAAUGUUUCAUUCUGGGCAGCUGGUUAAAGUCUGUGCCCCAAUGGUUCGAUAUUCAAAGUUGGCUUUUAGAACACUAGUAAGAAAAUACAGUUGUGAUCUGUGCUAUACACCAAUGAUAGUUGCUGCUGAUUUUGUCAGAUCUGUAAAAGCCAGAGACAGUGAAUUUACCACAAACCAAGGUGAUUGCCCAUUGAUUGUUCAGUUUGCUGCUAGUGAUGCAAGACUUUUAUCUGAUGCUGCUCGUAUAGUCUGUCCUUACGCGAAUGGAAUAGACAUUAACUGUGGUUGCCCUCAGAGAUGGGCAAUGGCCGAAGGUUAUGGAGCUUGCAUAAUAAACAAGCCAGAGCUUGUUCAAGAUAUGGUGAAACAAGUAAGAAAUCAAGUGGAAAAUCCCAGAUUUUCAGUAUCUAUUAAAAUAAGGAUCCAUGAUGACCUUACAAGAACUGUAGAUCUUUGUCGAAAGGCUGAAGCAACAGGAGUUUCCUGGAUUACAGUCCAUGGAAGAACUGUUGAAGAAAGACAUCAGCCAGUCCACUAUGAGGCCAUUAAAAUCAUUAAGGAAAAUAUGUCUAUACCUGUUAUUGCUAAUGGAGACAUCAGAAGCUUAAAAGAAGCAGAAAAUGUGUGGCAUAUUACUGGGACAGAUGGUGUGAUGGUUGCAAGAGGACUCUUAGCCAACCCAGCCAUGUUUGCUGGAUAUGAGGAAACCCCACUGAAAUGCCUCUGGGACUGGGUUGACAUUGCUCUUGAACUUGGAACUCCUUAUAUGUGUUUCCAUCAACAUUUAAUGUACAUGAUGGAAAAGAUAACUUCAAAGCAAGAGAAAAGAGUAUUUAAUGCUUUGUCAAGCACAUCAGCAGUCUUAGAUUACCUUACAGACCAUUAUUGGAUUUGACUGGACUUCCUAAAUUAUUUUAAUAUAUACUUAAAAGGAAUUGUGUUUUU